UUUGCUGUUGUCGUGUGGGGGAUGGCGCAUGCAUGGAUGCGCAAGGGUGUGUUCAUUUCGGCCGCUAGCUUCGCUAGAGGGCUCACGCGGAAUCUCAAAUUCCAAAGAGGGCAGCGUCUCGCCUAUGGUCCCUGCUGGAUGCGUGGAAAAUAAAGCGAAGCGGGAACGUCUCUUAGGGUUUCACCGGAGAUGUCUGAUCAAUGGUCUGCAGGGCGACAAUGUGGAUGAAAGUGUCUGCAUUUAAUUUAAAGCUUUCAACUUCGAUGGCUCUGCCAUACUGAGGCAUAAGACAACAUGCCAGAUGAUUAUCGUACUCCUUUCUCGUGUCAGUGGAACCAGGGAUUACAUCAGUCAGUAUAAACACGGGGAAGGCGGGAGAUGGAAAUUCAAGACAAUGAGCAAAACAAGAGCAAGGUAAAAGCGGGAGACAACGUUUCGACAAGUGGACUUGCCUGAAAGAGUCGCGUCUUGAAAAAGACAAGUCCACUUGUUGAAACGUUGACUUCCGCUUUUACCUUGUUCUCGUUUUGCUCAUCAGUCAGUAUAGCCGUUCCUAACACAUGUAGCUGUGAUAAUAUCAUUAUCGUGCAUCACGUCUAGAUUGCGGUGACCGUUUGCAUCUGUUGGUUGUUAGUGUGUGUGCAUUAAGCUGUUUCUUGGUGUCUGCAUAGAUGUACAGACGUAAUUGUACUUGCCUAGAGUGUUCAAAUUGUAGACAAUAUUGUGGCAGCAUUUUCAGUGACUGACUGUGGGCUUGCCAUAGAACAGCCUCUGGUGCAGUCGUGUGGAAAGCAUUUUACAGCUGCGUUCCAAAAGAUUCACUGCACAUAAUUUAGGUGCUCUAAGCAAGUUUGAUUGUGGCUGUAGUGUUACAAUGUGCAGUAUUGUGCAAUAGAAUGCUUAGGGCUUUAUGCCUUCUCAACCCCAUGAUCUAGUUGCGAGUCUUAAUUUAUGAAUGUUUUUGCCCAAAACUGCUAAUAUAUAUAACAGAAAUUGUUCACACAACAGUUCUGUAUCCGAGGUUUAUACGACUAUAUAGAAAGGCUCUCAUAGUGAUAACGGUCAUCAAGAAUGCUGCUGGUGCCAGAACACUGUCACCGUCUUUCCAAAAGCAGGGGUACCUAAUAAGAAGGUCCCUAUGAAGAGUCAUAUGUUCAUUCUGGUGCUUUUCAAAUGCUCUGGUAAACCGCUGAUAAAAGAUGCACAAUGUCAGCUACGUAUGUGUGUCACUUUAUCAAAGAAUAUCUGAGUUAAGCUUACUUGGAAAAAACAGUUCAUACUUACAUGUUAUGUCAAGUCCGUAAGAUAAGUCCGUUGUCGAAACAUUUUUUUUCGUUGGUUUGAGUUUAAGAAGGCUAGCAAGUGAAAUUAACAGCUAGAUGCAGUGGUGGAACAGCUGCGCCAAUUGCGCCAAAUUGUGCCGAGAGCGGUUCUUUGCACCAUCCUGCGCCAAAAGGGCAUUUUUAGCGGAAUAUUGCGCCGAGCUUUCGCCAAAGCAUGUAUGAGAGCGAAACCCUCCUUCCGUCGAUGCUUCGCAGCUAGCAAAACUGGAACCAGAACGAACAGCACGAUAGCAUCAUCAUCAUAGAAGGAAGCAGAGGCACUAAUGGCACUUCCAUAAUUGGUGAGAAAAUAUAUGGGCGCGUCGGAGUCGUCUGUUCGUCAUUCGCGCAUUUUAGAGCGAAUGCACUACUGCUUCUGGUGCAAACGCUGGUUCCGUAAAUCUGACCUUCAAUCUAAGCCAAGGUCGACUGAGCCUGCCACUACCGGCGGCUGCUGCGUACGCCGCGUGGACACCCACAUGAGAACGGUGCAAUGUGCUGGUAGUUUCCUAUACGCGCUGUGCUUUCGACACUUAAGUUUGCGGUGAAGCGAGACGCAGCAUAAAUGUCAAUUCGCUCACUGCUGCUGCCGUGCCGAGCAGCAUCUGUGUUUUGUGGUGCAAUUGUAGAUGCGGUAGUUGCUGACGGCGCCGAGCAGCGUCUGUGCCCUUUCCCAAAGCAAGCAAAACCGAACUUUGUUUAACCGCGUUUUUCACUGACGGACGUACAAUACAAUGUAGCGCCGCUGUACCAUCUUCCUGACGCUUUGUUUCCGUGUUCAUCGAACCCGCCCGCGUGAUACCGUGGAGUUCGCCGAAGGAAGAUGUCACAUUUUAGGAUUAAGGACGAGGACAUUUGUGACCGAAGCAGAGACAGGCGGCUUCCAGCCACCUACACCCGUGACUCGUCGGAUGCCGAUCACCAGCAAGCUGGAGUUUGUGCCAGCAAACGCCCAUGAUGGCAUUCCCAUGUACAGUAUCCUGAACAAGGAUGGCAGGCUCGCCGACGGCGUCGAGGACCCAAAGCUGGACAAGGACCUGCUGGUGCGCAUGUACUCCAAGAUGGUGCAGAUGAACAUCAUCGACCAGAUCAUGUACGAGUCGCAGAGACAGGGUCGUAUCUCCUUCUACAUGACCCACUAUGGUGAGGAGGGCGUGCUCAUCGGAAGUGCAGCCGCGCUCGAUGACAAGGACCUGGUCUUUGUCCAGUACCGCGAGUACGGUGUGCUGCUGUGGCGAAACUUUUCGGUGAACCAGACGAUGCAGCAGUGCUACUCUACAAUGUACGACUAUGGCAAGGGCCGCCAGAUGCCCAUCCACUACGGUUCUACGCAGCAUCACUUUGUCACUGUCUCAUCGACACUUGCAACGCAGAUGCCACAGGCAGUGGGCACCGCGUACGCCUACAAGCUGGCCCAGAAGAAGCAGUGUGUGGCCUGCUACUUCGGCGAUGGUGCUGCCAGCGAGGGUGACGCCCAUGGUGCCUUCAACUUUGCGGGUGUACUCGGCACGCCAAUCAUCUUCAUCUGCCGGAACAAUGGCUACGCCAUCUCAACGCCUACUUGCGAACAGUACAGCUGCGAUGGAGUUGCUGCGCGAGGUCCAUCAUAUGGGCUGACAACGAUUCGUGUUGAUGGCCAGGACAUCCUUGGCAUGUACAUGGCAGUAAAGGAGGCCCGCCGCUUUGUGAUGGAACACCAGAAGCCUGUCCUCAUUGAAGCUAUGACGUACAGAAUCGGCCACCAUAGCACGUCGGACGACAGCACGGCUUAUCGGUCAGUGGACGAAGUGCGGACGUGGGAUGAGCACGCCCAUCCAAUCAUGCGACUUCGCCAUUUCCUCCUUGACCGGGGAUACUGGAGCGAACAGCAGGACAAGGACAUCAGGGCAGCCUUCAAGAAGGAGGUCUUGCAAACCAUCAAAGAAGUCGAAAAAGUUCCCAAGCCUCCGGUCAGUGAUCUCUUCACCGACGUUUACAAGGACAUGCCCCCGCAUCUCAAGGAGCAGAUGACGUACAUGUUGAACCAUGUGCAGAACUACAAGGAGGGGUACCCCAUUGACCUGUACGCCAAAGAAAAGAGCUAGGACUAGGCACAUACGUAUGAUAUCAUUGCAAGCCAUUACUGUGGACAGUUAAGGGUGUUGAAUACAGGAGGGCUGAAGAUACUGUUUUUGUCGAGCUUGAAAAGUCGCCGCCAAUUUUAUUUUAUAGAAUGGUCAUAAAAAGUUUUUCCAAUGUAGAAACACUAAUAUGACUGUGAGCUGUAUCCACAAAGCAGAGGUAUGUCAAUGUGUUCAAACCCAGCCGCACACAUGUAACUCUUCUAGGUGCUUACCGUUGGCACUGAGAACACAGAAUUUUUAUAGAAUGAUCCUAAAAAGCUUUUGCCAAUAUGGAACGUGGAAUUUUGAUAGAAUGGUGUAAAGUUUUCACCAAUGUGAAAACACUAAUGCCACUGUGAGCUGUAUCCACAAAGCAGAGGUGUGUUGAUGUGUUCAAACCCAGUUGAACACGCGUAACUGUUCUGAUUGCCUUUGGCACUGCGAACAUGUCGAUAUAUCUUGCUGAGCUGGGAGUCUUUGCUUGCUUUACCAAACUGUCCUGAAAAGCGACCAAAGGUGCCAUCACGUGCUGCAGUCGUGAAGCAGCUGUAUGGCGACCUGGGUGCGGAUGUGGAUGCAUCAUGUACACAGUGCUAACGUUAUGUUUUGCCUUUGUUUUGGGCCCAAUUCAGCAGGGUGAAAAACAUGGAGACGAGCUUUGUUGUUCAGCUUUGUUCCUAGUAGAGAAGUCGACGGUGCUUAUGUGUUCUGCAAAAAUCAUUGAACUCAAUUCAGUAGAUGAAUGCCUGGCAAGGUUUUGUUUCUUGAUAGAAUAUUAAUUAUUAUUUUUGACUGGUUGUCUUACGAUUAUAUGUGUGAUGAUUUGAAAGGCAUUUCAUUUUUGAGAAUGGUGUCAAAUUUGCUGAGGAUGUCAAAAAGGAGAAGCUUGUUGGUGUGUAAGUUACUGAUAGAAGAUAAGUUAAUUGAACGGGCAAGUUUCGGCAGGAUUUAGCUGUAAUCAUAACUCGCACUUUUGUACAUCUGUUGUGAUGGGACAUCAUUUUGCGGUCAACUUAGUCAGAUAGUUUGAUAGCAUUGAAAAGCUGAAAAAACAUGAUCAUAACAGGUGUGAUGUUAUAAAUUAGCAUUUAAUUGGUUUAGUACUGUUCGGUAAGUGGUUGCUAAUUUAAUUAAGCCUUAAGGUAACAGUCAUAAAAGCAGGUAGGUUACUUUGACUAAUUGCAUUUAAGUUAUGUGCUCUUUAACUGGGCUGGUCAGACCUGUGGGGCGACUUCUAACAAAAAGCAAUGCUAUACAAUAGGGCACAAGAAGGUGAUUUAACGCAUCAUGUUCCAAGUUAUUUCUGUUGACACACUUUGGACACAUACUCUAGAGUUAGUCACAAGUAAUCACUGUUACAGGAAUUAUAGUUGAGCAUCUCUAUGUACACAGUGGGCAUGACAGGUUUUAAAUACUUUGUGGAGUUUCAUUGUAUAGAUCACAUUGUAAACUGUGCAUAGGUACAUCGGCUGGAGCAUGAGAUAACAUAUCAGAAGCGUGGAAUCUUCGAGCUCUCAUUGUAUGUAACAGUCAUGUGCUAGCCACUGUAGUCAUUUUCCAGAAAUUUCUUCAUUGGUGUAGCAGCUCCUGUGCGAGCCAGUUAGCACCUUGUAAUACUUCUUUGUCAGACAUUAUCCGAUUUAUCUUAUAGUUAUAUAGCCGAGAUAUUUACUAUGUAGUAGAAUGUAAUCAAUAGUAAAAUUUUUAUAGUCAAUAUCUUACAAUAGCAGUGCAUGGAGUUUCCUUAUAUAGAUCACAUUGUAGACUGUGCAUUUGUACAUGAGCUGAAGCAUGAGAUAACGUAACAAAUGUGUAGAAUCUUUGAGCUCUCAUUGUAUGUAAAUGUCAUGAGAUAGCCACCGUAGUUCCGAAAAUUUCUUCAUUGGUGUAACAUUCUGUGUGAGCCAGUUAGCACCUUGUAAUACUUAGUUGUCAGAUAUCCGAUUUAUCUUAUAGCUAUAUAGCUGAGAUAUUUACUAUCUAGAAGAAUGUAAUCGGUAGUAAAAUUUUUGUAGUCAAUAUCUUACAAUAGCAGCACAUGCCUACAGUUGGUACUGGGCAAAACAAAGUACUUUUCUCACAGUACAGUUAACUACAAGUGGACUGCUUGGAGGCAGGUAAUGUAACUAUAGUUGAUAUUCAUUAUAACAAAGUCACAUUUGACUUGAAAAUAUGUUCGUUAUAGUUAUCCAAUAUUUGUUAUCUGUGAGAAAAGAAAAAAAAAAACAAAUUGUGAUUAGGUCUGUGUGAAAGAAACGCAAGACUGAUGCCUCCAACAGGUUAUUGAGGGUCUCCUGACAAUUUUGAAGACAUUGCUUGAAUUUUGACAGGCGCACUAAGCCGCUGGCCAAAAUGUGUCCAAGCGUCUAUAAUGUGCCAUUUCAAGUUGCUCUUGCUGAGUACAUGACAUUCUUUUGCGACCAGAAUAUGCACUUUAAGUUGUAGAAUGUGAUUCGCUGUAACCAAUACUAUUAAUUGUUCGGAAUGUUGCAUUUUCAGUUUCGUUGUAGCAGUCGAAUACUCACUAAAAUAAAGCCUGGGCAACUGAAUGUUAUAUUUACUUAAUUAUAUCCAAUAACAUGCUAUAUAUAUGUCUGUUACGUUAAUGUUCAACAGUACUUUUUUAGUGAUUAUUAAGCCAGUGUUUUGAAAUUAAAGCGUGUAUGUACUUUGACCUUUGGGGACAUUGAUCUCUUGUCAUUGCCUUAGGCUUGAUCUGCAUAGCCUUCAAAUGGUUGUGAUAGUCUAAGGCAUGGUCAGAAAUGUUGUGAUGUUCUUUUUUUUUGUUUGCCUUAGAAUAGAAUGGUUUAACUUCAGCUAUAUUACAACACAGCAAGCUAUGCAUUGAUGAGAUGCUGAGAGAUUGGCCACCUUGCUUGAAUUGAUGCUUGUUUCUAAAAGCUGCACUGCAAAUUUCAAAAUAUGCGAAGCCAUUUCGUGUGGAGACUUGAUAUUUUUCUACUCAUGACAGAUUUUACUGUCAGUUUAGCAAUUGCUUGGAUCAGCAUAUUUUUACCUAAGGGAUUUUGUUGUGUUAAGCAUGCUUGGUGUACUUGGCAUGUAGUUUAUUGGUGUGCUGAAUACUGGAUAUGGUAGGCUCUAUUGUGAAAGUAGAAACAUGAGUAAAUUCCAUGAAACAGUCAUGCUUGAUGACUGGUUAAUGUGUAGUGCACAAUUCUGUAUGUGUUGUACGACAGUUUAGAUUAGACAUCGGAAUAGUGGUGCAUAUUGUGUGUGUUACGUCGACAGAGUCUGUGUUCAUUUCAAAGUCCGCAAUUUGCUGAAUAAACUGUUGUGAGUUCAGGUUGCAUUUAUACUUCAA